GACAAUGACGCGUCAAGGUCGUGCGAGUGACACAAAAUUUCGACCAAUUAAAAAAUCUGUAAAAGAAAUAUCGGUAACUUGCCCAUCUAUAGUGGACAAGUCUUUAUCCUGCGAUUCUCCUUAUUCAUUUGAUAAUCUCUUAGAUGAUAUAACAUCUGAAAUAUCCGUCAGUAGAUAUGUUAGGAAUUUGAAAUCAAUGAAUAACACUCAAAAGUUAGACGAGCUAGAAAGCAUCUUAAGCUCACAUCGAGAAACUUUGAAUACAGAUUAUGAGUUCAUUUCAUCACUUCUUAAGAAAAAUGAGGCUCUUCUGAAGGAGAAUGCUAACCAAAAACUGACAAUUAAACAACAAGCCAUUCAAAUUCAGCUGUUAGAAAAUAAACUGAAAAUGUUCUAUAAUAAUCAAUCGGAAAUCGGUACAAACACAUUGGAGUCAAGAAAAAUUGAUAUCUUAGAAAAAUGCUGUGAAAAAUUACAAAAGCAGAUUUUUGAAAUGGAAGAAUUUCUUCAUGAUCACGGUUUGAUGUGGAUUGGAGUGCAACCUUCAGACGACUGUACAACAAGUAACACUGGUAGUAAAACUGAAAUAAAAUUUGAUGAAAGUGUCUUCAAUCGCUUAAUCCAACAAAUUCAUUCGUUGAAUAAAUGGAUUGAACGUGGAUGUGAAAAGAAAAUCAUUUCACAGUCAACUUCAUCCAACAUAGCUUGUUUAAGAAAUGAAUCACCAGUACCAAUUGUUUUAUAUGCAGAUGGAUUAUGCUUUAAUUCUGAACCAUUUCGUUUAUAUAAAAGUCAUGCUACACUGCAAUUUAUUCAAGAUAUUUUAGAUGGUUAUUUCCCAUCGGAAUUACAAUCCCGUUAUCCAAAUGGUGUUCAGCUUAAACUGAUCGAUAAACAUACUGUGCAAUUUAUGUCAUUGAAGAAACCUAAUCCAUUUCUAUCCUCUGGGUAUAAAUUGGGAAGUCUAUACAAUUCACUAGCAGAUGAAUCCAACGAAGAUUAUGAUAUUUCUAGCCAUGAGAAGUUUAUGCCAAACAAUGAAGAAAAUGGUAUCACUCUUAAACAGGUUGGAAAUCAAUCAGAUGAAGAAAUGAAUAAUUUAUUGAGUGAACUCAUUCCACACGAACCGUUAACGUUUGAUGAUUUAUUAAAACGCUUACCAGAGUGUAAAGUGACUAAAUCUGGUCACAUAAUAAAUGUUAGAAAAGAUAUAAAAGAUGAAUAUGGUGGACGUGGUAUUAUUCCAACAAUCAGUAAUAUUGAAACAGAUCAUUUAAUAAAAGAACACAUAAAACAUGAUGAUCAAAUGAAGUUGAAUGACCUGAUAACAUUAAGAGUAUAUUCAGAAAAUGGUUCAGAAAUAUUCAAUUUAAAAAUGCAUCCAAUGAAUACAGUAGAGGAGUUAUAUUCAAUCCUUAAUUCUGCUAGAGCAAAAAGUGUUUCUACACUUAAUAGAUCUUAUCGUCUUGUAGCUAUGGGUACGCGUAAUUCCCAUGAAAAUUCAAAUCAACUGUGUUAUCGACAAUCUUUAGUUGACUUAUCAGCAAAGCUUAAAGAAUGUGGAAUAGUAGGUCGUACUACACUACGUAUGGAAUAUCAUCCAUAUAAACUGACAACACAUCAAACACAGAUUGAUGUAAAUAAUCUUUUGUCAACUCAACAGAACAAUCUAUGGAAUCAUACAGAAUCAAUAGUGUCUAACCAAAGAUACAAAGAAUCUUUGAAUAAAUCUGUAAGAUCGUCUGAAUAAAACUGAGCGUUUAACAAGUGACUUGUCUUAUCACAAGAAAAAGAAAUGUGUUAGAAAAUAUUUUAAUGUGUUCCCCUUUUAUGUUAUUUCUCAUAAUAAAUAAUUUAAAAAGUAAAUUCUAUCUUUUA